AUGAGCGGCGGAGGAUCCGAGUCGGAAUCCGAUCUCACAGAACUAUCGGACGAUGAGGAGGACGUUGUGCCCGAGCCAGAAUCCUCUCCCGCAGAGGAGUCUGAAUACGAAGAAUUCGAAUCUGAUGGCGAGCAGUCUGCGUACGAUUACCUGAACGCGCCACUGCUCGACUACGAGUUCGAGCGCGGAGAAUCCGUCUGGGUGUAUGCAUAUGACGGGUGGUAUUUCGGCAGCGUCAUGAGGCGAGCGGAGACACCUGAAAGACCGAAGGUCAUGCAAUACAGAGUACUCUUCCGCCGAUAUGUGAGGAUACAGAAAGAUUUCGCGCCCAUGGACGGGACGAUCAAACCCGACACACCACGGAUGCGACAAAUGCUGCGUGUAGCGAAGUUCCUGCAGUGA